UUUAACGUGAUCUCCUCUUAGUGAACAGGAUGAUCCACAGAAGAGUGACGCGGCUUUUCAAUCUCAGGUUCUUUGGCAUAAUGGCACUGCUUCUGCUCCUGCAAAAUGGUUUCUUUGACUCGAAUGUAGUCCCUAUGGUGAAGAAAAGGGUUAAGUAUACAAUGCUGACGAUUCCAAACGCCACAGUAACCACAGAUGAUUACGAAUUGUUCACGCCCUCUUACACUGUAGAUAUUUACGAAGAUAGUGGUGCCCGAAGGUUAAAUGAAAGGAAAGAAUUCAAGGAAAAGAUGUGUCAGAAGAUGAACAUUGGAGGAUAUGUAAAGACGAAAGAAUUUAUGUACUACAGUAAAAUCUACAAACUUCUGGUGUGCGCUCCCCCUAAGACAGGUUGCAGUUCAAUCAAACGCCACAUGUUACAGUUAGCAGGACUUUCAGGGAAGUUGAAGGUCCACUCCCAAAGGGCGAGAAAGGCCAUUGCAGCUAGCCAAGUCUUGGGGAAAUCCGUAAAAAAGGUAUUGAAGUCUUCUGUAUCAUCGACACUGGUCGAGGUGGUCAGGCAUCCCUUGGAGCGCUUGGUAUCUGGGUACCGAGAGAAGUUCAAGAACGGAGCUCCAAUUUCGGGCAUGUGGGGUAACUUCAUGAAAAAAUACAGGAGGAGUCGUGGAAUAGACACGAGCAACAGGACCUUAAGCUUCCACGAAUUUCUGGAGAUGAUUGCAUAUAAAAUGGAGACGAAGGGAAGAAACAGCAUAGACCGGCAUUUUCGCCCAACAACCCUCUUGUGCUCCCCGUGUGGCAUCAAAUAUGAUUACAUCUUCCACACAGACACUUUGACACAAGACCUUCAGUACCUCGCUGGUAAACUUAAUAUCACAGGCAUCAACAUUUCUGCUCGUAUGAAUUCUAAGGCAAAUAAGACCAGAGGAGUUACCUACGAGAGUUAUUACAAAGAUAUUCCGGUUAGCCUUAUGGGCAGGAUAUACACACUCUUCAAGGAAGAUUUUGUCAUCAAUAACUUCAAGGUACUGCCCUCCAUGCAAAGUGUCACUGAUGCUUACUGAAGAAGGGGUUUGGGAAGUAUUUAACUAUAAUGUGUAUAUUAGGAUAUGUUAACAAAAUCCAUCAGUUUUUUCCGAGUUGUUCCAAUAUUAGGUUGUGAGGUUCAAUAUUAUUUCGUGUUUUGUGUUUUUGAGCUGUUCCAAAGGUAAGUUAUAAGAUACAAGAUGAAUUUGUGUGCCCUCACCUACACAAACUGGAUAACGCUCACCAGUCCCCUCACCUUCGGGCCAGUGGGUCGUGAUGUCAGUGAGGUCACUAGAAGUGUAUUUCCCAAGUUUAGUUUAUGAAACAAACUAUUGUUACUAUUAAAAGUAAAUAAAAUUAAGACCUCAAGAGAAGCAACGAGUUCUCUCUUUGAUCAUGGAUUUGGGGAAACAAAAAUGCUUAUUCCAAUAAUAUAUUCAUUUUGAUGAAAAGGGUAAUUCUGCUUAUAAACAGACUCCAUAAGGAAUUGGUUUAUGGAAUUACUUUGUAUAAGCUAGAUCAAGCAACACAACGUUCGGCAAAGCUAAUGUAACCAAUACUGUUUAAAGCCAAGGCAAUUAGCUUCAACAUUUAAACUUCUAAGAGCUUGGCAGUCUGGCUACUAUCUGCCUUAUUUGAACUGGCUAUUAUCUGCUUUAAAUUUAACUAACAUAUAUGGGUUAAUUUUCUUUACGUUUUCUCUGCACUUUGCCCCAGACCGCUUAAUGAUUUCAAUUUCCUGAUUUAUGAUUCUGUCGGUCGUAUAUGUUCAUAUCUUGUAGGUUUCUUAGCAUCUCCAAACCGCGGUCAUCUUUUGAAGCCAAGGUAGGCUCAGGUUGUCACAUAUUACAUUAUCUGUACCAUACUCGUCUGUAAUGAAAGCAGCAACUGUUUUUGCUUAACCCCAUUUUCGUUUUUGAUAUAUUAAGCCACCAUUUCUUGUUUUCCUCUUCAUUUUGCCUCUUUAGAACCUUUUUGUAAAAACCUUGUUAAUGCGACCUAUAUUGAAAUACAUUGAUAGACAAACAAACAGAGACAAACUGAUGCACAGAUACAGAAAUAAAUGUAAAUACAUAGAUACACACAGAUACAAGUGUCCCUUACAAUUUCCCAUCACUGUUGGAUUGGGUCAAGUUAUACACACACCUGUUGCUAGACAAAAUCAUUAGAUACAUCUCCAUUACCUAUUUUUUCCUGGAGACUUAUCGCUAUUGGCCUUGGUGUAAAUAGGGGGGUUUCUAAACCAUAAUUCCCGCUAUGUUAUUUCUUGAUGGUUUUUUUUUUUCAGAAUUAAAUAAAAAGGAAUGAUUUAUGAUCCAAAUAAAUUAAUAUAGGGAAGGCUUGAAAAUUAAGACUGGAUUUUUGAAGGACAAAUGUAAUUAAACUGUUUGUACAUUAGGUAGCUUUAUAAAAGAAAAUAAAUAUAUUAAAUA